AUGUUGAAAGGAUGGGGAAUCUGGCGGCGACCGGGAGCGCUAGUUAAGGAUAUAAUCGCCGCAUAUUCCCCGAACGAUGUUUUCAAUGCCGAUGAGUCAGGGUUGUUCUAUCAGUCAUUGCCCGAACGAAGCUUGACUGCGAAAAGUGACCCGUGCAAAGGCGGGAAGAAAUCGAAACUCCGAUUGACUGCGCUGUUCUGUUGUAACGCGAGUGGAACGGAGAAACGAAAAAUUCUGAUCGUCGGCAAAUCUAACAAACCGCGGUGCUUGAGGAAUGUCAAAUCUACACUGUGUCACUACCGUGGCAACCGAAAUGCCUGGAUGACUCGCGACCCGUUUUCUGAGUGGUUGGCUCGAUUCGGCAGAGACAUGGGCUCCGAAAAUCGGCGUGUCCUGCUUCUUAUCGAUAAUUGCUCCGCCCACAUGGCUUUGUCACAUCUGACACACGUGAGGGUGGAAAAUUUUCCACCCAAUUGCACAUCAGUGAUCCAGCCCCUCGAUCUAGGAAUCAUAAGAGCGGCAAAAGCAAAUUACCGGAAAGCGUUGGUACGACAGAUUCUAGUCGACUUGGAGACCGGGAAUGAAUCGAAGAUUGACGUCAGAGCUGCGAUGGACAUGACAGCUCACUCGUGGUCAGAAAUUGAAUCAACUUCCAUUCAGAAUUGCUGGAUGAAAAGCGGCCUCUUCGGCCUCCGCAGUCCGUCAGAAGAAGAGGAGUUUUUGGAUAUAGACAGCUGGCGUAUUGACAAGGACAGCUUGCAUCUUCCGGAAAGAUUCAGUUUCGACCAAUUCGUGACCUACGACGAUGGUCUCGAAGUGUGCGAGGCUGUCACCGAAUCAUCGAUAAUCCGACAGGUCUCGAAGGCGGUCGAGGCAGCUCCAGAUCGAGAGAGGGAUAGCUCUAGCGCAGAAGACGACGAUGGAGCAGAAAAUGAACCACCAUCCCUUAAAACCACGAUCCAGGCUUUACAGACGAUUAAAAGCUACUUAUCGCAUCGAGAGAACGUCCCAGACCAUAUAAUUGCGAAUGCGCUCUGUCUGGAGGCUUAUAUCAUCAGGAGCCAGGCAAGAAAUAGGAUGCAGAUGAAAGUGACGGAUUUCUGCUAUAGAUGCAUUAACCUGACGUCGCACUUGUACAAAACUUUCACAGGCGUGCUCGCAGACCGAGUGACCACACAGUGUCUACCGCAGAUCUCGGAGAAUCAGCACGGUUUCCUCCCUCACAGAUCAUGCGAGGAGGCCCUGCAGGGACUCAUUGAGUUCGUCGAGUCGAAUAGAGAACCCACGCUUGCGGUGUUCGUAGAUUUUAGAGCCGCAUUUGACAAUGUCAACAGGAAAAAGCUCCUCGAGACCGUAGGCAAUGAAUUCAAAUCGAGAGGGAAACUCCUGAAUGCGAUCAGGGCCAUAAUGUGGCCGAACAACUUGAUAGUAGACAACGGAGCAGACCUUGGCAAACCCGUCAAACAACGCAAAGGGGUCCAACAAGGAAAAUCAAUCUCACCUCUACUGUUUGUGAUGUUCCUCAAUAGCCUUCUGGAAAGACUAGAAAGACGGAAGGUAUUCGUGAAAAUGUUUGCCGACGACCUUGUGAUAGCCGGGGUAGACAUAGAUGAAGUACAAAUAAGCCUAUCCGUGUUAUGUAUUUGUUUCAAAUACCUGGGGAUCACCAUGCAGCCCGCGCUGAGUUUCAGCGAACACAUCGAACAACUCCUGACCAGGACGGCCACCACCAUGGCAUGCCUAGGGAACGUCCGAAGGUUACCACUGGAGCUGGCCAUCAAGAUAUUCAAUAUCAAUAUCGUGCCAACCAUCACAUACGGAAUGACGUGUAUCUCGCAAAGACUGUCCAAAACAGCCUUACUAAAACUGGACAAGUGCAAGACACUGUAUCUCAAGUCCGCCCUUGGACCACGGGCGUUCAGCAACAUCAUCCUGGAAACCAGUGGUAAAAACUACAUACCGUGGAAGACAGUUAUGCCGGCUGUCAUUGGAGCUGAACCGUACGCCUGGGAAGUGGUACUCGGUACCCUGAAUCCACCAGCCGAAGACAAGGCUAACACCAAAGAAGGUCGACAACAACAGAAAAACUUCGACGCCGGGAACAGAGCUGCGAAGUAUAUCCUGAUGAACUCCAUUCAUCCGAAUUUGGCAACUAUACUAUUUCUUGAUGAUCCGGAAGAAGUGGAAGCUCAUGAAAUUUGGAGGAGAAUCAAAGCAAAAUUCACCUCAUCAUCGGGUACGAAGAAAUCACUUGCAAUUUCACGAUUCUCAAGAUUCAAAUUCACCCCCGGGCUAUCCAUUGAGGAAAACAUUCUUGCAUUCAAAAGAAUCAUGUAUCAGCUAAAUCAAGCGGGAGUUGAAGUGACGGAGGACAUCCAGUGUGACAAAAUUCUGGAAGCUCUUCCAAGCAGCUGGGACUCGUUCAGACGAGCGUGGAGUGCGAGAAUGGAUACGAAAGUGACGGCGGACGCAUUGUUGGAUCUCAUCGAAGGUGAAGGCGAAAGGCUGGAACGGGAUGAAUCCAGAAAUGUGACUGCCCUGAUGUCCAGACUCAACAUGUCCAACGCAAACAGGAAUCAUCAC